AUGGGUAAAAAGAUGAGCUGCUAUCGCACCUCGUUACCUGUGGAAUUGCUCGAGAUUAUCGUGGAAGAACUUCUAGAUCUCAAAGGACGAAAACGAACGACUAGGCGUGGUCUCAACGGCCGCGACGGUACGUUUGCGCCUAUCGCAAGCUUUAGUCUCGUUUCGCGGCAGCUUCGUCAGGUCGCAUUCCGUGUCUACUUCCGUGAAGUCAAGAUUACCAGCAUCAAGGACCUCAAUCGCAUCUCUGCCAUACCUGCUUGGAGUCUCUAUGCUCGAACACUAACGACGACGACCAUAAUUCUCCUCUCAACGAGCCAAUCCCGUGUCCCGCUCCGAAGCCUCCGCCUCAAACAUCUAUCGCUCUCCUUCAACGCCACGACGAUCAUCAAACUUCGAACCGCCACAUACUCUCUUGUCCCCUUGUUUUCAGCAUCGUUCACCAGCCUCUCCCUCACUCACCUUCCGAGCAUCAGAAGGUCGCUUCUGAGCACCAUAGCUGGGUCCUGUCCUGAGCUCGAGUCGCUUGAGCUUAGCGUGGUGGAGAGACUUGACGAUACUUGCUGCAUCGACUGUUUGGAGGAAUCUGCGUGCUGUAUCGUCCAUUCAGCUCUUGGAGACAGAACUUCUGAAGGAUCUGUCGAAGACCUGGCAGUCUCUUACGCCACAGCACUCAAACCACUAACCCAUCUCCGUCACCUCUCGCUCGGCAUAUUCCUCUCUCCUGACUCCGUCCUCUUCACCCACCUAACCCGUCACCUUCCCUCAUCUUUCUUGUCCUCGCCCGCACCUCUUCCAAACACUUCGACCCCCACUUCAUCUUGCUCUCCCGCUGUUGACAUCUGCUCUGCACCUCAGACUCCAGCUCCGGGAACUCAUCAUACUUGCAUCGCUCGACUCUACUCCUGCGUCAGCUCCGCGUCCGCGAAACCGAUACCGAUGCCAACGAAUGGCGAGGCCCAACUCGCACUCAGUCCCGACGCCGCCCUAUCCACGCCGUCGACCUGCGCACGUUGUCGCCAGAAACACCUCAAGGCGACUAAGAAGCUCGAAUUGACCGCGUCGGCUAGAGUAGCGCAGAUCUUGAAGGGGUUGCAGAGUGUGGCGUGGAGCUCGUGGUUCGUCGAUUUGGAGAGGAAUGUGGAUGGUUCGGGGGAGAAGGGAGAAAAUGAGGGUGGAGACGGUGGAGGGGCUGUUGGGACGUUUUCCAUUGACGAUGUUGAUGAUGGUGGUGGUGACGGCGGAGAGGAGCGAGAUGAGCGGGCGAGGAGGUGGGCGAGGUUUUGGAUUGCGAGGAGGGAAGGGCGGGUGAAGCUUAGAGGGAGACCUUGGUAG